AUGGAGUCUGCAUCUACUUUGAAUGACGACAACGAUGUGACAUUUAUGACAGGAAAUCAUGAAGAAGCACGUGCUGAAUCAGUGGUAUCCCCAGAGAGAGGCGUAAGGACAAUUACUGAUGAAUCGGAGGAGAUCACAAGACUGCGACGGGACAACUUUAACUUGCGGCUCUUGUGUCACAACUACCGAAAGAUUUACGAGAAGGGCCUCUCGGAAGACCCAGUCUUGCGCAUAACGGACCUCGAGAGCGAGAAUUUGCAGUUGUCAGAGCAGUUGAGAGAAAAGUCGAAUCUUCUGAGCUGUGCCUCGAAACUGCUCACAUCAUUGAAAAAUGAGAACGAGCAAAUUCGGGCAGAUCGCGAUGAGUGGAUUGUAAAGUUCGAGUCGUCGGAAAGAGGUAAGGUGAAAAUGCAAGAUGAGGCAAUUGUGGUAGAGUGGAGGCAGAAGUAUGACAAGUUGGCUGAGGAGCUGCAUUCUCUGAGGGUGUCCCGACGUGAGGCUGAGAGCAAAUGUGAACUGGUUGAGAACGAGUCGUUUAGACGCGAGGCCGCUCAGAAAGCUGAAGUGUCGUGUCUACAAAAGCAGCUGUCUGAUGCCGAGUCGAAGAUCGCGAGUUUGGAGGCGGAGGUGGACUCGAUUUCUCGGGAAAAAGUUGUUUUACAAAGUGCUGAGAAGGAGAACAGUCCGUUGAGAGUUGCGUGUGAGUCACCUGGGCUGCUUCCCCUCAAUGUGGUCUCCAGUCGUCCAAGUUCGCCUAAAACCAUGUCAGAACCGAUCAAGUCACCACAAAAACGAGAGUACACUGGGUUGGUGCGACGGCAUAAUGCCGCCCGACUCAUCACUGAAGAACUUACCAACCGCAACAUUGGCUUGACUCGAGAGCUGGCGGUUUGUAAGCAGGCGCUUGCUGCAUCGCAGGCGAAGCUGAGUUUGGUGACAGAACAGUUGGAGGAGGAGAAGGCUUCCCAUACGAAUGACGUGCAGGCCCUGCAUGAUCGGGUUGCCGACCUUCUAGGUGACCGAGAUUGCGAGGCUAGACGAUGUGACUCUUUGUUGACUGAAGUUAAUCAGUUGAAAGAGUAUAACGAAAGAAUUAAGAGGGAGCAUGUCUGUCAAUUGCGGACGUUUGACAAGAUUCUUCAAGACCGCGAGCGAGCGAUUUACGAGUUAAUCUCGAUGACGAACGGUGGUGGUGACGAGCCUCGGGGUAGUGUGAAGGCGCACUGGGAGGGUGACGGUUGCGUGACGAAAGCGCCACAAAUGUUGCAUCCCAUCGACGAGACAAUGCCUCUUGGAGAGGCCACACAAAUAUCGCACGACGAGUCUUCUAGCGUUUUCAACACAAGCGUUGAGAAUCCUGCCAACAUCCAGGUUGUGACACAAGCGGGAGAAGUGGCGAGACUUCAAAACGAGGUGGUAAAUCUGCGGAGUAGGCUGAUGGCUCAAGUGAAGACAAACAUGCGACUGAAGACGGCUUACAAGGCACUUGCUAGUAGUUCUGUGAAAGCACCCGUAAAUCUGUCGCAGUCACUAAACCGUACUUCGAAUGAUGCGGGUGUUGCAAACGCUUCGCGUGUGGACUUGGGAAGUUUUACAUUUGGUGGCGGUGGUUUGAAUGAUACGAAUUGCGGAUUGGCAGAGAGGUCGAUGACUCGCGGGGAGCCAGGCGAAGUUCUUGAGAAGACAGUUCACGAACUUCAUACAACGCUUGAGCGACUGGAAUGCGAGAUUUCGGCGUUGGAGCAGGCGCCGUCAGUCACUCGGCCAUGCAAUCUGCCCAACACGGUGGCGACUUCAGCACCAUCACAGAGCAUGAAUGAAGCUGUGGGUGUGGUCGAAGGUGGUGGUGAUGAGAAGGCGAAGGAGAUGUGCGUAUGUUCGGUUGCCGUCAGUCGAAGAGGCUCAGUUCAGUCAUUGGAAAGACUGAAAGAGCUUCACUCAGUCAUAAAGAGUCUUCUGACGCAGUUCGACAGUAUUCGCACCAUACAGCGCUCCUUCAGAGAAACUGCCAAUCGCAGUCUGAUGGUCAGCAUUUCAAGUGAAGUUGAAUGUGGCACGCAGCAGACGUGGUCGUUUGCCUGUGACGGCCGGAACCCAACACACAAUGGCUCGUUUGGUGGUGGUGACGUCGGCUGCGAGGGCAGCGGUGGUGUAGGAGAGAGGUGCACAAAGUGGCCUGCCGAACGUGAUUGCGACAGAAGCAAAGACGGCGACGACGUGGUGACUGAGACGGACUGUGUUGCCUGCCAGUCAGUCGUCGUAAGUCAGCAUGCAGAGUCGUUGUUGCUGUCAACAUGCAACGACACAACCAUGGGCAAUCUUCGCCUGGACGUUGGUGGAGAUACAGAGGCGUCACGUGGAGACGUUGAUGACUCACUUGAUGUUUCUUCUGUGCGAACGGGGUGUCAGAGUUUGGUCGGUGGUCGGUUGAAUGUGUCGCGUGUGGAGGACCACAAUCGGCGCGUGUUCGACCGUGUGUCAGUGGCGGUUGCAAGGAUCCAAGACGCUGUGGACAAGUGGUCGGUGAAGGUGGCGGCAGAAGUGCUGAUGGCUCUCAACGGACCAGACAAAUUCGACUACGUUGUUGAUGAUGGCGAUAGAAGGGAUUAUUCACAACGUCGUGAAAUGCACGUGUCGUUUUCAAAAGUGAGAGAUGAGCACAGUGAGUGGGCGGAUGAGACCGAAGCAGGCGAAGUGGAGGAAGCGCUUGAGGAGGAAGUGAAGACCAUCUCCUUGCGAGAACACGAAGCAAUAGUGGCAGAGUACGAGUCGCGCUGCAGCCAGUUGACGAGUGCAAAUGACGAGCUUCAGAAGACGUAUGUGCAGUUGUCGGAGGAGUUGGAAUCGGCGUACAGAAAGCACGCGGAAUCAAUAGCUACUCUUCAAGCGACCAUGGUUAGCAAGAGUGACUACGAUGAACUUGUUGGCGAAGUGACGCAGGCGCAGAAUGUCGCACGUGAGCUUGAGAACCGCGCGAAUGAGUUGCAGGUGAGUGGUUGGGUUAUUGUGUGGCGGAAGGUAAUAGUUAGUAGAAGGUGCCUGGGGUGA